CCCGUCCGCCCGUGUCGCGCCGACGUGACGUUGCGCGUAAUGGCACGGGGCGGAACAGCUGAUCCUUGCGCCUCGAGACUACGACUGGACGUUCCGUCGUCGUUAAAAAGGCCGCCGAUAAUCUUCCUCACGGCAAUAGCCGCCGAUCCCGGUGGCCCGACGACGAGCGCGCGAGAAGAGACGGUGACGACGAAGCGGAGUCCCGAGCUUCGCGGAACCUUUCCCUGCGAGCUGCGUCCAGUCGCAGCAGCGCGAACUAACCCCCUUUCCCCCCCACGACUUCGCCGCGACGUCCUUGGACAGAGCUCAGUCGCCUGUACUCCGGAAUUAUGGCCAGUCCGGUGGUCGGCACCGGGUACAACUUUAAGGUGGUUCUACUCGGCGAGGGAUGCGUUGGCAAGACCUCGGUCGCCCUACGAUACGUCGAGGACAAAUUCAACGACAAGCACAUCACCACGCUACAGGCAUCGUUCCUGAAUAAGAAACUUAAUAUCAAUGGAAAAAGAGUGAACCUGGCAAUAUGGGAUACUGCUGGGCAGGAAAAGUUUCAUGCAUUAGGACCAAUUUAUUAUCGAAUGUCCAACGGUGCCAUUCUUGUCUAUGACAUUACGGACGAGGAUACCUUUCAAAAGGUGAAGAAUUGGGUAAAGGAGCUUAAGAAGAUGUUAGGUAGUGAAAUUUGUUUAGUGAUAGCGGGUAACAAGGUGGACCUGGAGAAGGAUCGAAAUGUUGCCAUAGAGGAAGCAGAAGAGUACGCCAAACAGGUGGGCGCUAUGCAUUUCCAUACGUCGGCCAAAUUGAACCAGAACAUCGAGGAGAUGUUCCUGGACUUGACACAGCGUAUGAUACAACGUGCGGAUGAGGCCGAGCAAAAGUCCACCCUUACGAGGACCAACAGUACACGUCGCAAUGUCGUGAUGGUCGAGGACGAGGCGGAACAAACUCAACCAAGUAGAAGUUCUUGCUGUGGCAGUGGUGGUGGUGGUGGCGGUGGCGGCGGUGGCAAUGGCUUUUCGUAGACCUUCAAAAACAAUUUAUAUUCAAUUUCAAAUUCCAAGGUCUAAUUUCGAUAAUCUACGAACUACGCACAGGAUGAUGCAUCCCAAAUGUGACAAACUGAUUAUUUGCAAACAGCAAUUUAUUACAUUAUAAAUGUUUCAUCCUGUAUAUGUUUGUAAAGUGAGUAAUGUAUGAAUGUGUAUGCCUAUAUAAAUAUAUAAAUACAAAUACACACGCACACGUGCGCGUGUGUGUCUGUAUAAGCUGCAAUUGUUGGACAGCAAAGAUACAUAUACUUGUAUACGUAUAUAUUUGUAGUUGGGAACUUGUAAUUGUAACUUUGUAUUUGAUAGAUACUUUUUAAAGCAGAUUUGUGUAUGCCAUUUCAUGUGCAUAUCGCGUUAAUAUUUUCGAUAAUGAUUUUAACUGUACUCGUAUAUUGAGGCCUUUUAUCGCCAUUCACAAACAUCGUGAAAUGUCCCCCCCCCCCCUUCCCCAAAGUUCGCCUCUCGAGCAUUUUGAUUGUCUUGACAGGUUUAUCAUAUUGAGUUUUCAAGUUUAACUUCUUAUUCAGAAUAAUCAUAAAGUAAUACGUAAUACCACUUUUUAAUGAAUCUCUAUAUUCGAUGUGCACCUGAAUCAUCAUUAUUCCAAUGGUAUCUUUUUCAUAAAAGUGGUCGCGAGUGAAGUGUUCUUCUCAGUUCUCAGUUGCUAGAAUCACUGAUAAUAAAGGAGAGAUAACAAUUCAGAACAGCAACCUCGCCAUCUAGUUGUUUCGAGUGUCUCAAUCUCCGCGCAGGCACAAAAGUUUUAUAAAACAGCAAAGAAGUUGGAGCCUUGUUCCGGAUUUAUCAUCCCAUUUUUCUAUCAUCUUCAAAUUUUCGACAUACUUCUGUAUCUUUGCAAUCCAAAUUACUGCAAGCUAAUCCAUUAAGAAUCAGCUAAUAAAUCUAGCUAGACGGCGCGGCCUUGUCGCGAGACAAGGGCAUUUUCAAAGAAGAGCAGAAAAAGAAGAAGACUCAGCUUUUAUCCAAAAUAAUAGCUUAGGUUUAGGUUACUAUGUACAUAUUAAAUGAUAAUUUUUAUUGUACAAUAUAUUGAUUUGGACCACAUAUUAAGUAACACGCAAUAUGUUUAUUCAUCUGAAAUUAUAUAAAUUAGUGAUACAAGAAGUUGUUUAAAUUAUUGUUACUGUGUAAGUUAUUUUAUGAAUAUAAAGUGGUAACUUGUAAUAA